AUGGAGUUCAUCCGUCUACUCCCAGAGGAAAGAUUCGCGAGCGACAGCAGCAUAGCCAUGGAGAAUUUUGACCGUCGAGAAUCAAGCAUCCCGUUUCGCGACUACCGCGCAGGCUCCAUAUCCUUGCCUCCGCUUCCAACAAGCAACCGGCCAACAGUGAGCAGGACAAACUCGGCAUCUAGAACUAGCCCAGUCGUCAUCAAAAGAGACUCUACCGCCUACAUGAUGAAUGCUUUGCUCGCCGACACCACGCGAGCCAACUCGCCGUUCCGCCGUUGCGCCAGCUCGACCGCAACCCACACGCCGAACGUUUCUCCGGGCAGUUCUCGCAGACCAUCUCAGGAACAUUACACUUCAAUCAUGUCUCCGACGCAGAUCCAGAAGGCCAAGGCUCUCGCUCGCAUUCGUCUCGAGGCGGUCAGCGAUAAUCUUGCCCAGCAUGGCAGAGGAAAGCAAAUCCCCCCGAGCUUUGCGAAAACGAUGCACAAUUUCGUCGAGCUUGCCAGUAUCGGAGCUAUCUUGCUCGAAGAUGACACGCGACGGGACUCCUGCACAUCUUCUUCUUCCUCGGACGAGCUCUACGAAGAAGCACCACCUGGCGUCAGUGCGACCGUGGCGAAACUCAUCAUCGGUGACGCCCAGCAGGAGUUUGACAAAGUCGAAACCGCGAUGGGACAUGUCGACAUGAAGAGUGCGAAAGAUCAUGCGAGGAGACUGUUGGCGAAGUUGGGUGUCAUUUUGAAAGAUGCGAGCUUGCUGGGGGUGAACUACGUCGGGCUUAAUGAGAGCGAGUUCAAGUGGUUGGUGGAGAUGAGAGCGAGUUGCAAAGAUAUCUUAGCUCUUUAA